UUUUUUGGCCUCCCCGUCCCCGUCUCCGCUCGCAUUUCCCGCUUUGUUUCCGCCUCCUCGCUCCCCCCUCUCCAGACCUCGCCGCCGCCUCGCGCCCGGCCUGCGCGCUCUCUCUCCUAGGGUUAGGGUUUCCGCCGCCGGCGACAGGGAUCGCGUCCUGAUCGCCCUUGUAUUCCAGCUUAUUUUGAACAUUGGAGUUGAACAAGGCACUUCUUCUGAAGUGAAUUGCAUGGAGAUGGGAAUGACCCCUGAAAUAAUGUAUGGGCAAAAUAUUUUUGUUCCUGCUACUGCAAAUCCCUACCAAUAUGGCUACGCAGAAGUUGGACAGCCUAUGGAAUGGUAUAACCACCCGAGCACUGUAGGAUAUGAUGGCCAAGAUGUUUUUUACCCGACAGAAGGCAUGCCAUGCGUAUACUAUGCUGCCCCGGACAAUGCAUCUAUGCAUCCUUCCUACAGUCCUUACCCUCUUGAUCCUUCUUUCAUACCCGAUGGCUCAUUUAUGCCUCAGGAAUAUGUUGCUGACCCUGCUAACUCGACAUGCCAAGUAGCCUCCACACCCUAUUACAUUCCAGCUGUUCUUCCUUAUGCUCAAGAUAGUGUCCCAGGAAGCGCAACUACACCUCUUCUCUCCAAUGUUGCAUUUCUUCCUGGCAUGCCAGGCUAUGCUGCAACAUCUGCAAAUGCAGCAUUUCCUUUUAUUGCUCCUGUUACCACCAAAAGCGACAUUCAUGUGAAUCCACCAGUACAGUCUACUAUUGUCUCUUCAAAGCAGUUUCAGGACCAUGCGAAACUGCCAAAAGUUCAACUGCAUAAUUCAGUUGCACAGAAGCAAGAGUUGUCAGAUAGAUCCAUGGUGCCUAUUAAACUCCCUCAUGCUUCACAGGCAUCCGCACAUUUGCUUGAAAGGCCAAUAUCUGCCGCCAAGCAAUCACCAAAAGCGAAAUUGUCUGGAAACAAUUGCUUGGGAUAUGCUACAUCUGAUCUUCAGAAGUGGGCUGCUGCUGAGAAAUUUCAGCCUUCUUCAAAGUCGAGUGCUCAUCUAAAUGGUCCUGGGCAAAAGGUUCAUCAUUUGUUAAACGAACAUAGCUUAGCUGACUCUCAGAAACCAGGCAAUCAGAGAAGCUCUGCCAUGGUUGUGAAAUCUUAUACGUCGAGGCUCCCUGUCGGUAAUCCUGAGGGGACAAUCCUUAUAAGGACUGACCAAUACAACAGAGAUGAUCUCCAGGUGGAUUAUACAUAUGCAAAGUUCUUUGUUAUCAAGUCGAUUGGUGAGGCAGAUGUCCACAAAUCAAUCAAAUAUGGUGUAUGGUCAAGUUCCUCCAAUGGAAACAGCAAGCUGGAUAGUGCAUUCAGGGAUGCCGACAGGAUAUCAAGGAGGAAUUCUACCAAGUGUCCAGUUUUCUUGUUCUUCUCCGUGAAUGGUAGUGGUCACUUCUGUGGCAUGGCUGAGAUGGUUGGCCCUGUCGAUUUUCACAAGGACAUGGACUUCUGGUGUCAAGAUAAAUGGACUGGGUGCUUUCCUGUGAGAUGGCACAUUGUCAAGGAUAUACCAAAUUAUUCUUUGCAGCAUAUCACACUGCAGAACAAUGAAAACAAGCCUGUCACGCACAGCAGAGAUACACAAGAAAUACCAUACAUCCCUGGAAUGUCCGUGCUCAAGAUUUUCAAGGACAUCAAAGUAAAGGAGUGCCUGUUUGAUGAUUUCAUGAAGUAUGAGGUGGAAGAAGCGCAAUAUAGCCCUCAUAGAAGGUGCAGGCUGAGCUAUAAUGCCCCAGAUUUUGUACCUGUCUCGCAGCGUACAAAGGAUGCGCUUGACACUCAGCAGACGAAAUCCAGCAGCGUACUGAUAGACAGAACUUCAGAGGUACAAAAUGUGUCAGAGAAGCCACAUGAUCCUAAGGCGAUCAAACCUCAGGAGCCAUGUGUAGAGCUCUCUGAUAAACAGGUGGCUGAGGCUGGGAAAGAGAAUGGACAACAAGAAAACCAGUGCAGUGGCAAUCAGAGUCAGGAGGAUGCAGUGAAAACUGUAACUAACCAGCCACCAACUUCAAGCUUGAAGACAGGUGCGGAUGGGAAGCAGCAAUACUGGAAGAAGGUUGAGAACCCACGGCAGCACACAGACAGUGCCGCUCAAGGCUCAUCAAAGCUAACUGAAAAGCGUCUAAAUGGAGUUCGUACCUCCACAGGCGUGGUAUCAGAGAGUAGCGAAGAGCAAAAGAUAACCGCUAAACUUGGUUCGUUCAAGAUCAGUUCCAAGACAGAGGAGGCUGACCGAAAGAGCAGGACAGUUGGUGUGGUGACAAUUGGCUCGAUGCCGGUACGGGUGGACAGCUCGGAGGUCUAGUGGCUAGUGGGGGCUUUCUUCUUUUGUUUCAAAGUUUCUCCUUCCGGGUUUAUUUUGGGUCCCAGGUUUUAAUUUUCUUUUGGUUAAAUGUCUGUCUUUGGUUGGUGGUUUCCCAGCUUUGAUAUGGCAUCAAAAAAGAAGAAAAAAAAAGGAGGAAUAGUUAUUAGGUUCUAGUUCCCUGGUGGAGAAAAUAGUUUUGCAGCAUUAUGCUGAGGGGUUCUUUUUGGAAAAGAAAGGAGACAGUAUAAGGUGCGUUCUUUUCAUCACAUUAAGGAAAAAGGAGAAGAGAUUGGGCAUUGGGGACGAUGGCCUGUGACUUCUUUUUCACCUUUUUCUUGUCUGAUGAUUUUUACCUAUUGACUUGUGAACUGUGAUGGGACUUUGCUCCGCUCAUAUGAUGGGCGUUGCCCAGGAGGCGAGGAGUCGAGAUCAGCCACCGUAGCCUGUGCAUUCGGAGCAUUUAAGUUGGGCGCUUAUUUUUCUUUGCA